AGUUUGAGUUUGUAUUCGGCGGUCGGCCAUUACUCGUUAGUUCUAUACGCUACCCAAAACUCUAGUAUCUAUCGUCGUCGGGAAGGUAUUCCCGUCGCCUCUAAUCAGAAUCUCGCUACCCGAGUUUCCAGAUAAUUAUCACGGAAAUUGUUUCGGCAUGGAGGACAUGGACGAUUCCGGCAUUGACCAUUCGCCGACGGACCAGCAAGAGGAGUACGACGAGACUGUGGAAGGCGAAGAAGGGGUCGAGGACGAAGAAGAGGAGUACGGCGGCGGGGGUGGCGAAUUCCGCCAGCACAGCCCCAGGGGCAGGGGCGGUUUCAGAGGGAGAGGUAAUAAUAGAAUGGAGUUUGGUAGUGGACCGAGAAUGGGGCAGGGGCAUGGACCGCCGCCAAGGUUCCGGGGAAGAGGAUUUGUUCCGAGAGGACCUAUGCCACCUGGCUUCAGGGGACCACCUCCGUUUAGUGCUGGGCCGAGAGGACCAAGAUUCCGAGGAGGGCCUCCUCCACCCGGCUAUGACCCGAAUUGGGGACCAAUGCCACCACCUGGUGGGAUGCCACCACACCCAGGAGGGCCUCCACCCCACAUGAUGGGACCACCAGGAGGACCACCAGGGAUGGGACCUCCUCCCCCACACAUGAUGGGCCCUGGAGGACCUUUGAUGCCGCCACCAGGACCAUUCGGACCUCCUCCUCCUGGAAUGGGUGGACCCCCAAAUCAAAAUGCACCUCCACCCCAGAUGAUGCCACCGCCAGGAACUGGCCAACCUCCUCAAGGAAAUAACAAUCAACAGCCAGCUCAACAGCAGCAGUCCCAGCAAACUCAGCAGCAACCUCAACAAUCCCCUCAGCACCAACCACCACAGCAGCAACCUCCACAACAGCAACAAGGUCAAACAGGACAGGGGCCUGCUGGUGUUGGAGGGCCUCCUGUACAAAGCUCUCCAGCAAUGAACGUGCCUCCGCCGACUAUGCAAACUAUGAAUCAAGGAGGCCCUCCUCCUUCGUUGGAUCUAAGUGGUGAGGUUUGGGUUGAAGCAAAAUCACCUGAAGGGAAAUCCUACUUUUACAAUGCUAGGACAAGAGAGACUACUUGGACUAAACCAGAAGGGAAUGUUAAAGUUAUAAUGCAAGAACAGGUUGAAGCAAUGGCACAAGCUGUUGCUGUUGGUGUUAGUCAAUCAGGUGUACCAGGCUGUAUGCCAGUAGGAGAACAAGAUAAACACCAAGAUCCACAACAAAUGCCACCUGGAAUGGUAGGUGGACCUCCACCUAGCCUAGGAAUGCCUCCACCUGGAUUUGGGGGACCACCGCCUGGCUAUGUUGGUCCGCCACCUCCAUUUGGGAUGCCUCCACCAGGGUUUCCUUUCCCUGGUGGAUUCCCUCCACCUUGGGCAACUGGGCCCCCAGGUGGACAUCCACAGGGGCUUGGAGGACCCCCACCCAUCAUGGGAGGGCCACCACCUACUAUUGCAGCACCGCCUAUGUCUGGCCUUGGGCAUCCAAUGCAGCAACAUGCUGAUGAUUCCACAUUGCCACAGAUUGAUCCUGAGAUUAUUGCUAGAGCUUCAGACUGGACAGAACAUAGAGCUCCAGAUGGAAGAUUCUAUUACUACAAUUCAAAAGCAGGUGAAUCUGUUUGGGAGAAACCACAACCCUUAAAAGAUCUUGAAGCUGCAAAGAUGGCCGCAGCUCAGGGUAUGCAAAUGAUGGCCAUGAGUGCAUCUGGAGUUAUAUCAGGGAAACCUGAUGAAUUGCAUGUAUCGCCAAAAGUUAUGAAUGAAGAUGGUGAUAAAGUUCUUAAUGGUGAUGUCGGUGAUGAGGCUAAAAAAGACAAUGGCAAAGAACAUGUUGAUUCUGGAAAAGGUUUAACCACUUCUGAAAAAUCCACUAUGCAACAGUCUGCACAGGAUAAGAGUAAACCGGUGUCAAGUAAUCCUGUACCUGGCACACCUUGGUGCGUCGUCUGGACUGGUGAUGGACGUGUGUUCUUUUACAACCCUUCAUCACGUACUUCAGUUUGGGAAAGACCGGAAGAACUGACUGGCCGUAUUGAUGUGGACAAACUGGUUUCUACCCCGCCUGUAGUCGUUGUUGGUGGUGUCACUCAAGCAACCAGUAACGCAGCUAGUUCGGUAAUUUCAGGAAAUGUUAGCUCUGUCACUAACGGCAUGACAAUGACUACUAACAUGGAAGAUUCAUCUAUAGCAGCUGUUGCUGUUAAAAGAGAAGCUGUGACUAACUCAUCAGAUGGAGGGCCUGCUAAAAAAGCUAAAAUUGAUACCAUCCAAGAAUCUAAAGCAGAAGAAAAGACUGAAAAAGGAGAGAAAAAGGCAAUUGACAUAGGCAAAGAAGCAGCUAUGGAAGCAGAAGUUAGAGCUGCAAGAGAAAGGGCAAUUGUUCCUCUUGAUGUUCGAAUGAAAUCAUUUAGAGAAAUGCUAUCCGAAAAAGAUGUAUCUGCAUUUAGCACAUGGGAAAAAGAACUACAUAAGAUUGUUUUUGAUCCGAGAUACUUGCUGCUUACUUCAAAAGAGAGGAAAGUGGUGUUCGAGCGGUAUGUCAAAGAAAGGGCAGAAGAAGAGCGACGUGAGAAGAGAAACAAAAUGAAAGAGCGGAAAGAAGAAUUCCGACGUCUUAUGCAGGAUGCAAACCUCCAUGGAAAAUCUUCGUUCAGUGAUUUUACAGCCAAAUACUCUAAAGAUGAGAGAUUCAAGAAUAUUGAGAAGAUGAGGGAGAGAGAAGGGCUCUUCAAUGAAUACAUCCUUGAGGUUAGAAAGAGAGAAAAAGAAGAAAAAGUCCAGAAACGGGAUCAGGUGAAGAAAGAUUUUAUAACCAUGCUGAAAGAAUCAAGUGAAGUUGAUAGACAUUCAAGAUGGUCAGAAGUCAAAAAGAAACUGGAUUCAGAUCCAAGAUAUAAGGCUGUGGACUCAUCGAUGCAAAGAGAAGACUGGUUCCGAGAAUUCAUUAAACACCUUAAAGACGAGAGGAAGAGGGAGAAAGACAGAAAAGAAAGGGAUAGAGAAAGAAAAGAACGAGGUGGGUCCAGAAGAGAAGAGGAGAAAGAGAACAAACCAAGUGAAAAAGAUAUCGAUGAAGAAGAGAUGAAAGCAGAAGAAGAAGAAGAGGCUAAAGAGAAAGAAGCUUUGGAGAAACAAGCAAGGGUUGAGGCCUCUCUUAGGGAAAGAGAAAAGGAAGUUCAAAGGACUUUGGCUGUACACUUAAGAGAUAGGGAUACAGAAAGGGAGCACCAUAAACAUGAUGAAGCUGUGCAGCAUUUCAAUGCUCUUCUUGCUGACCUGGUUAGAAAUUGUGAGCUUGGCUGGAGAGAAGCAAAGCGCCAACUGAGGAAAGAUCACAGAUGGGAGCUUGCAUCGUUGGUUGGCCGUGAAGAAAAAGAGUCUUACUUCAAUCUUCACAUAGAACAACUUACAAUGAAGAAAAAGGAAAAAUUUAGAGAAUUAUUAAAUGAGACACCAGAAUGUUCCUUGUCAUCUACAUGGAAAGAAAUCAGGAAAAUAAUAAAAGAUGACCCUAGAUACAGUAAAUUUUCAUCUAGUGACAGGAAGUGUGAAAGGGAGUUUAAGGAAUACAUAAAAGACAAAUUAGUGGCUGCGAAAGUGGAUCUUAGGGAGCUUCUACAGGAGACAAAGUUGAUUACUCACAAGUCAAACGCACUUGUCAACGAUAAUGAGAGUCAUAUGAAAGAAAUAGAAGAGAUGUUGGAAAAAGACAAAAGAUGGCUCAUAUUGGGACAUAUGGCUGAGGAGAGGAGGGAAAUGCUGCGGUCCUACCUCUUAGAACUUGAAAAAAAGGGCCCUCCACCUCCACCCACAGCAUGUGAUCCUUCGAGGAGACCAACUAUCAAGUAGGCGGUAACGGAAAACAGAUUUGGACCAGAUUUUGUACAUAAUAUUAUUUAGUCAUAGCUGUGUUCAAAUAACAUCAAUUACCCUUUUAUUACUCAAACCAAUUUAGUGAGCCAGCUAAUUUUUGACUUUGUUUUGAAAUUUUUUUUAUAUAUUUUAAAAUUUAUGACAGUAUACAUAGGGUUUUAAUUUUUAUUUUGUUACCUAAUUUAUAAAUUUCAAGUGCAAAUCUAGUGUGCAUUAGAAAGAUAUGUAUUAUUUUUGUGCAUAAACCUAAAAAAUGUGUUUAUUAUAGCUGUAUACUUUUUAUAUAACAACAGAUGUAAGGCAUGUUUAAAUAGACUGAUAUCGAAUUAAAUUUUAAUUAUGUAUUAUCAAAGCUAUUCAUUUUAGUAAACAUAAGAAUUACAGUGUUGUACAGAACCAAAUUCUGAAAUGUCAAAUUGAUUUAUUAUACACUAUAUACACAAUACAAACAUUUAAAAGGA